AUGAAGUAUGGAAUUUCUAACACCCGGAGCCUAUCAUCAGAAUUACGUCGUAGUAAGAGUCCACCACGUCGCUCCCCUGAAGAGCGCGCGGUUCCACGUCCGCCGUCUACGCCUGCGCAUGAGCGAGCCUCGCAUGCGCCGCAUCUCUCGCCUAAGAAGGAGGUCUUCAAUAACCUGCUUAAUAAGGGAGUCACUGGUGAGCUUUUAUGUUUUUGA